UUCUUCAACAUUUAAUUAUCCGAGGAACAGAAAUCAGGAAAGGGGCCAAAAGCAAAGAAGCACAAGGCACCAAAAUUCAAGGAGGAGGAUAAUGUUCUUGUCCUCACAGGCUCGAACUUCUCUAGGGCACUCAAGGAAAACAAAUACUUGUUGGUCAAAUUCUACAUCGCCUUGUCAGCACCAUCACAGACAGUGAAAGAAGAGUUUUCAAUAGCUGCUGGGCAGCUCAUUAAUGAAAAAUCAGAAGUUAAAUUUGGCCAAGCAGAUAUCACACAGGAAAAGGAACUUGGAAAAGAAUUUAAAAUCCAAGACUUCCCGACAUUUAAACUAUUCAUUAAUGGUGACAGGAAACAACCCAUAGACUGCAAAGGUGUCAGAACAGCCGCUGCCUUUGUAACUUGGAUAAACAGAAGGAUUGGACCUAGUUUUGUGUUACUUAAUACAACAGAGGAGUAUGAAUCUUUUAUUCAUACAGAUAAAGUUAAUGUGGUUGGAUUUUUUAAGGAUCUGGGGAGUAAUUUGACAAAGCAUUUCUCAGAAGCAGCCAAAGAUGUCUCCGAGUUUCCUUUUGGAUUUGUCAGUAGUGAAGACAUUUUGUCACAUGUUGGCAUCACUGGGAAUAUGGUUGCAGUAUAUAAAAAGGAGAAAUCUGUCCACUAUUUAAUAACAGAAGAGGAAAUUAAAAGCAAACUGGACCUAAUUCGAUCAAUUCGGAUCCAUAUUAUGGAUGUAGUAACGGAGUAUAACUUGGAGACAUCUGGGACUAUAUUUGAUGUUCCUGUUGAUAAUCACAUUCUGCUCUUCACAUCAAAAACAUCAGAAAACUUUAAUACAAUCUAUGAAAGUUAUGAAUCUGUUGCACUGGAAUUUAGGGGUCGGAUCGUCUUUGUUUUGGCUGAUACGGAUGAAACUCGUAAUGGUCGACUCUUUGAAUAUUUUCGUGUCACAGAAGUUGAUACCCCGGCAGUCCGUAUUCUGAAUUUAACAAGUGAUAUAAAAUACAGAAUGCCCGCUGAUGAUGUCACUUUUGAAAAUGUCAGAAAAUUCUGCCAAAGGUAUUUGGAUGGAAAAGCCAAGCCGCAAACCAACAGUGAAGAGAUCCCUAGCGACUGGGACAAACAUCCUGUUAAAGUGUUGGUGGGGAAGAACUUUAACAAAGUGGCAUUUAAUAAAUCAAGCAAUGCCUUUGUUAUGUUUUAUGCUCCCUGGAACAAAGAAUGUCAAGAACUACUACCAAUGUGGGAGGAUUUAGGAAAAAGAUAUAUGAAUAACACAAAUGUGACAAUUGCUAAAAUAGACUGUACAGCAAAUGACAUUCAGCUUAUAGUGCUGGAUCGCUACCCCUAUUUCCGUUUCUUCCCUGCAGGAUCAGAUAACCAGUCUGCCCGCUAUACAGGAGACAAAACAAUCAAGGCAUUCACUGAGUUCUUAGAAAAUGAACUCAGGUCAUCAAAUACCAAAGAAGUGGACCCUUCUGAAUCGAGCCAAUCAAGCAGUGAAGAUGAUGCAAAGAAGAUUAAGGAAGAGUUGUAG